GUGACAGCCACGGAUGCAGACAGCGGCACUUUUGGCUCCCUUUCCUACUCCAUUGGUUCUGGCAUUGGCAGUGUUGUCCCCACGCAGUUCAGCAUCGACAAGCACACAGGGCAGCUGUGCACUGUACAGCCGCUGGAUCGUGAUGAGGGCAUGUCUGCCUAUGAUUUCACCAUCACUGCUGUUGAUGGGGGUGGCCUGAACUCCAUGGUGUACGUGAAGGUUUUCCUAGAGGACAUAAAUGACAACCGGCCAGUGUUUUACCCACUGGAGUAUGCUGCCAGCAUCAGCACACAGAGCAUGCCAGGUACAGCUGUGCUGCGUGUUACUGCCCACGACAAGGAUGAGGGCCUGCACGGGAAGGUGACCUACCGCAUUGUCCUAGGAAACUCACCCCCUCUCUUCUCCCUCAACAAGGACACAGGUGUCAUCUCCCUCUCAUGGUCCCUGAGUGGUAAAGCCAACACCCUGGUGCAGCUGGUGAUCUCUGCACAAGAUGGUGGGGGCCUACAGGCACAGCCAAAUGCCCGGGUGAACAUCAGCAUCGUGGAGGGCACGGUCUCACCUCCUGUCUUUGAGCAAGCUCAGUACUUCUUCACAGUGCCUGAGGACAUGCCGCAGGGUGCCAGUGUGGGGACUGUCCGGGCCCAGAAUCCUCCAGGUCAUGCUGAUGAGAUCUUUUAUUCCAUCUCCUCGGGGGAUCCUCAUGGCUACUUUUCCAUCGACUCUGCCUCCGGGCAGCUCUGCACCAGCCUGCCUCUUGAUCAUGAGUCCCAGGCAGUCCUCAUUCUGGAUGUCCAGGCCCGAAGUGGUUCACCUCCUGCCUAUAGCAGCACACGCGUGAAAAUCUCUGUGUCAGAUGUGAAUGACAACGUGCCAGUGUUCCCAGCCCCCUCCGACUCCAUUCUGUUGCCAGAGGCCACAGAACCUGGGACUACAGUGUACACCUUGCAGGCCGAGGACCGUGACAGUGGUACCAACGGUCAGGUGAAUUUUGAGCUGUUGUCAGGAGGUGAUGGCACCUUCAGCGUGGAGCGCUCAUCAGGGGCAGUGCGACUGAUCGGGGCCCUGCAAUAUGAAGCCAGCGCAGCCUACAGGCUGGCCAUUGUGGCCCGAGACAGUGGUGUUCCCCAGCUCAGCUCCACGUUCACACUGCUGGUGCAUGUGCAAGCCGAGCACGACAAUGGGCCCAUCUUUGACACACUCACCUACCGCGUGGAGGUGCGGGAAGGUGUACCUGUCUCCACCCGCUUCCUGCAAGUGCGGGCCCUGGCACGCGACGCAGAAUCCAUGACCCUUACCUACCACUUGCGUGCAGAUGGGGAUGCUGCCAGCUUUGGCAUCAUGCCUGAGAGUGGUUGGCUGUAUGUCAAAAGCGCACUGGACCGGGAGACGCGGGACCUGUAUGUGCUCACAGUGCUGGCCUCGGCAGGAGGCAGUGGUGCAGGAGGAGAACCCCGAAAAACAGGCACCAGCACUGUACGGAUCAGCAUCACCGAUGAGAAUGACAACAGCCCCCGACUGAGUGAGGAGCGUUACUUCUUCACUGUUCCUGAAAAUCAGGCUCCUGGUAGCAGUGUGGGGAGGGUGAUGGCAAGUGACCGGGAUGCUGGGCAGAACAGCCGGCUCACCUACCGCCUGCUCCAGCACGAUCCCAACUUUCUUAUCUACACACAGACAGGGGAGCUCAGCACCAAGCAUAGCCUGGACCGGGAGCAACAGUCCAGCUACCAGCUCUUGGUGAUUGUGCAGGAUGGGGGAGCACCACCCCGCAGUGCCACAGGAACCAUCUACGUCACUGUGCUGGAUGAGAAUGACAAUGCUCCUGCUUUCCUUCAUGUGGCCAGUGGUCAGGAGCUGCCCGUGCAGGUGCUGGAAGAGAAGCCAUCAGGACUUCUAGUCGCCUCCCUGCAGGCCAAGGACCCUGACGAGGGUGAGAAUGGGACCAUCAUCUACUCACUGACAGGAGCCUGGGCAGAGCGUUUCACACUGCACAUGGCUACUGGAGAGUUGCGGACUGCCACAGUUCUACGACGGUCUGAUCGUGCUGAGUACAUCUUCACUGUGACAGCCAGUGACCGGGGCACGGUACCUCGCAGUACGUCAGCCAUCAUUCGCAUUCAGGUGCUGCCAUCCUCCCGGGUGCUGCCACGGCCUGAUGCCACUGUGCUGACCCUGCACCCUCUCGAGGGGGUCAAGCCAGGGUCUGUGAUCGGCUCAGUGGCACCCCCAGAUGCCCCUGCACGAGGACAACUGACCUACACAGUGGUAGGAGGUGGUGGGGAUGGCACCUUUGUGGUUGACAGUGUGACAGGGGAGAUUUACGCUGCCCGGGAGCUGGACUAUGAAGCUGGGGCACGGCACGUUCUCCAGGUGAGUGCUGAGGACACGCAGCAUGGCUAUCCCUCCAGCCGACUGGUGCUGGUACAGAUCCAUGUGCAAGACUGCAAUGACCAGGCGCCCACCUUCCCUGAAGACCCCAUCACCAUCGUGGUGCCCGAGAAUGCCCAGGCUGGCUCAUCCAUCUUCACCUUCCAGGCGCUGGAUGGGGAUGGUGUGGGUCCCAAUAGCCAGGUGCGCUAUGCCCUGCUGCACCAGGAGCCCCCUGGGGCUCCCUUCCAGCUUGACAGCCGCUCAGGGCUGCUGACCCUUCGCCAGGGCCUUGACCGGGAGGCUGCUGCCUCCUUCCUCUUGGUGGUGGAGGCCACAGACCAGGCCCGCAACAUCAGCCAGCGCCGCUCGGCAGCUGUCACAGCCCGUGUAUUUGUGACCGAUGAAAAUGACAACGCGCCCGUGUUCCUCUCACCUGCUGCUGUCAGCGUCAUGGAGGACCAGCCAACGGGGUUCGUGGCGCUGCAUGUGUUGGCCCAGGAUGAUGAUUUGGGAGAGAAUGGGCGUGUGAGCUACUUGUUGCGAGCAGGCAACAGUGACGGCCGCUUCCACCUUAACCCCAGCACGGGUGCGCUCUCCAUUGUGCGGGCCCUGAACCGGGAGGAGGUGGUGCAGCACAACCUGACUGUGGUGGCCAUGGAUCACGGUUUCCCACGCCGCUCUGCCACACAGCUACUGUCUGUGCUGGUGCUGGAUGUCAAUGAUGAGGCUCCCACUUUUGAGAAACCUGAGUAUGAAGCACACAUCAUGGAGAACUUACCAGCUGGCAGCCCUGUGCUGCAGGUGCUGGCCACAGACCGGGACCUGGGUGCCAAUGGGCAGGUGUCCUAUGGGGGUCUCUCUGGAGGGCCAUUCUCCAUCCACCCACAGACGGGGCUUAUUGUCACCACACAUGCCCUGGACCGUGAGGAGCAGGAGCAACACGUGUUGAUGGUCUAUGCACGGGAUGGUGGCCUGCCCCCCAACCUCUCCAAGACAACUGUGCGGAUAAUAGUCGGGGAUGAGAAUGACCACGCACCGCACCUGGAGAGUGAGUCCUGCUCUGUGGAGGUCCCUGAGAACCAAAGCAGCGUGGCACUCUACACCCUGCGGGCCACUGAUCCUGAUGGAGGCGAGAACGGGCGCUUGGAGUACCACGUGGCAGAUGGAGACCCUGGGCAGGAUUUCAGCCUAGACCCAGUCUCCGGUGUCCUCUCCACUGCACGUGCCCUUGACCGGGAACAAGUUGCUUCCUACAGCCUCACAGUGGUGGUGCAAGACCAUGGCACCCCCCCGCGCAGUGCCACUAUGUCAGUGAACGUGCGGGUGUUGGACCUAAAUGACAACGCACCUGGUUUUGCUGAGGCCACCUAUGUGGUGGAGGUGCCAGAGGACCUGCCUGUUGGUGCCCUGGUGUUGCAGCUGGUGGCUGAGGACCCUGAUGAGGGCACCAAUGGGCAAGUCUCUUACUACCUGGGCAACGAGUCCCUUGGCAUGUUCCAGGUUGAGCCACAGAGUGGGCGCAUCAGAAGCGCCCAGGCGCUGGACCGGGAACGCCACCCCAGUUACAGCUUCCUGGCCAAGGCUGUGGACUCAGCACCGUGGGAGCCCAAGAGCGCAGCUGUGCGAGUCACGGUCACGGUGCGAGAUGUCAAUGACCAUGCCCCUGCCUUCCUGCACAGCCCACUCACUGUCAACUUGUCCCGCCACACACCGCUCAAGCAGGUCGUGGCCACCAUGCGGGCAGAGGACAGGGACGCAGGUGCCAAUGCCUCCAUCCUGUAUCGCCUUGCCACACCCAACUCUGCCUUCGCAAUCAACUCCUACACAGGGGAUAUCCAACUGCUGCAGCCUCUGGGCUCACUCAGCCAGCGCCAGCGGACACUCUUCAUCCUCGCCACAGACCUGGGGCAACCAGCACUCUCCUCCACCGGUGUGGUGGUGAUCCAUUUGCAGGAAGAGCCCUACCGCGGGCUGCGCUUUCCCCGGAGCACCAGUGAUGUGGCCCUGCCAGAAAAUGCUGCCCCAGGCACUGCUGUGGCAAGCAUCCAAGCUAUGCACACAGGGGGCUCUUCUGGGCGCAUCACAUACAGCAUCGUCAGUGGCAACGAGAAGAAUGCAUUCCUUAUCCAGCCCAGUUCAGGUGCCAUCUCAGUUCAGGACUCCAGCAGCCUGGAUUUUGAGGCCAGCCCCCGCCUGCGCCUUGUGGUCCAGGCAGAGACAGCAGCUUCCUUUGGCUUUAUGGCCAUAAACCUUAACCUGCAAGAUGUGAACGACAACUUGCCACGCUUCCAGCUGCAGAACUACGUGGCAUUCAUCUGGGAGUCACAGAGCUACGACUCACCGGUCAUCCAGGUCCUGGCAGAUGAUCUCGAUCAGGGAGCGAAUGGGCAGGUGACUUAUGCCAUCAACCAGUCCCUGCCAAUGACAGGCUUGUACCACAUCGAUCCUCAGACUGGCACUAUCACUACUGCUGCCAUCCUGGACAGGGAGAUCUGGUCCCAGACCCGUUUGGUGGUAACGGCAAUGGACAGAGGGACGCCGCCUCUUGUGGGCUCUGCCACGCUGACCGUUGUGGUGAUGGACAUCAAUGACAAUAGCCCCACCAUCCCGUUUCCCUGGGAGGUGCGGGUCCCAGAGAACACGCUGCUGGGCACCCAGAUAGCCCAGCUGACCGGGAAUGAUGUGGACUCAGGUCCCACGCUCUCCUACACCCUCAUGCUGGAUGGUGAUGCCAUGGGCACGUUCAGUGUGCUGCGGUAUGGGGGACGCAUUGCCCUGACAGGGCCACUGGACUACGAGCAGCGCAGCCACUACACCGUCACCCUGCGUGCCUCUGACACACGCCAUGAAACCGAGGCCAACCUCACCGUCAUCGUGGAGGAUGUGAACGACAACGCACCAACUUUCAGCCAGGGCUUCUAUCAGGUGACGUUGCCGGAGCACACACCUGCAGGCAGCAUCAUUCUCACUGUGAGCGCAACCGACCCAGACUCGGGGAGCAACGGGGAUGUCACGUUCCACCUGGCCGUGCCCAGCCUUGACAUCGCCAUCGACCCCAGCAAUGGGACCCUCUUCACCAUCCGUCGGGUGGAAUUCGAUGCCAGCCAGCCCACCCUGGACCUGGUGGUGGAGGCCCGCGACCAUGGCUCACCCAGUCUCUCAUCCUGGGCCACAGUGCAGCUCCAGGUGCUGGAUGUGAAUGACCACAGCCCCAGCUUCCAGGUGCCACGCUACAAUGCCAGUGUCCCCGAGGACCUGCGCCCAGGAACCACCGUGCUGACCCUAGAGGCAGGUGAUGCUGACCUCUCCCGGGAGAAUGCUGGCUUCGACUACACCAUUGUCAGUGGCAAUGGAGGCAAUGCCUUCCAAGUGGAGAGCCGGGUGGCCUGGGCAGGGGGACAUCUCCGCAUGCAAGGUGCCUUGGUGCUUGUGGAGCCCUUGGACUUUGAGGCCAUCCCAGUCUACAACCUCACUGUGGCAGCUUCAGACCGAGGCCUGCCGCAGCGCAGCGCCACAGUGCCUGUGCUCAUCACCGUGCGCGAUGUCAACGACAACCCACCUGUGUUCACCCGAGCUGAGUACCGCACAGCGGUGAGUGAGAGCGCACCCCCCGGCACAGAGCUGCUGCGCGUGGUGGCCCAUGAUGCUGACUCAGGGCCCCAUGGCCAUGUUCACUACACCAUCAGCUCAGGUGACCAGCAUGGGCUCUUCCAGCUUCAUGAGAGCACGGGGGCCCUGUGCCUUGCACGGCCCCUGGACCGGGAAGCCCAGGCACUGCAUGCACUCGUAGUGCAGGCCAUGGACGUGCCGGGUGGGCACUUUGCGCUGGUACCUGUAGCCAUCGAGGUGAAGGAUGUCAACGAUAACAAGCCGUACUUCCCAGUGGAGGUGCUGAGUGCCAGCAUGCGGGAGAACCUGCCUCCUGGCACACUGGUCACCACAUUGCAUGCCGUUGAUGCAGACACUGGUGUCUUUGGGGAACUGCGGUACACAGUGCUGGAGCAGCCGGUGGGGGAGCCCGGCAUGGUGGAAGGCCGAGAUGCCUUUGCCGUCAACAGCAGCUCUGGGGAGCUGCGCUCCCGACUUACCUUUGACUAUGAACGAGCCAAAGCCUUCCAGCUCCUUGUCAGGGCCACUGAUGCUGGCAAUGCCUCUGCCACAGUGACCGUGCGGGUGCUGGUGACAGGGGAAGAUGAAUAUGAUCCCAUCUUCCUCAGCCCCUCCUUCAACUUUGAGGUCCCUGAGGGGGCCCGCAAAGGGCAGAGCAUUGGGCGGGUGCUGGCAACAGAUGAGGAUGAGGGGGCUGACGGCGUUGUACUGUACUCCCUGGCAAAGCCCUCACCAUACUUUGCCAUCAACCAAACCACUGGCACUAUCUACCUGCGUGUGGACAGCCAGCCCCAGGCUGGGGCCGGGCAUGCCAAGAGGGAGCCACGCGAGUUGAGCCUGGAGGUGCAGGCGCGCAGCCCCCUGCCCGCCUCCCGCUCGGCCUCUGCACAGGUCACCGUUGACGUCACACACACCUCCUUCGGUCUGGCUCCAGACCUCAACCUGCUGCUGGUGGCCGUGGCUGCCUCGCUGGGG